CAAAUGUGAAACACUGCAGCACAUCCGAUCUGAAAAGAAAGGAGCCGGCCGAAGGAAGCCACAUGACGAGCUCCAAGAGCUCGAAGACGAGAUGAAGGCUCUCUUCCCAUGCUUCGAGUGGCUUCAAGCACUUCGAGGCCCAAAGCCACUGCCUCCACUCAAUGCGCAUGAAGAACAAGUUGCUGCUCUUGAGACACAACUUCAGGUGCAGCUCGUGACCUUGGGAUCCAUCGCAGCCGAGUUCACCGUCCCAGCCUCCAUGAAGGUGUCGGGGUUACAUCAUCGUGUGGCCCAAGAGUUGGGACUUCCAACCGAGAAUCAGCGUCUCAUCUUGGGUUCAACUGUCUUGGAGGACACCGAGUCUUCCAUCACCGAGUUCGGCGAAACAGAGCGGCUGGUGAUCACCGUUCUUCGAAGACGGCGCCAACAAGCCUUGACGGCAGGGUCGAGUGCUGGAUUUCUUCUUUGGGACUUGGAAAGCCGUGACUUCUCCACCGCCUUGGGCAAAGGCCUGGAACCCGUGCAGUGCCUGGAUGUCUCCUGGGGUCAAUUGCGCUGCCUCGCCGGCCAAAGCUGCCAGCUGGUACUGUGGGACCUUGGUCGCGAUCAAGAAGUGGAUCGCUACGAACAACAAGGUGUUUGGGGCCUGGCCGUCGACUGGAGUGCCAUGAAGGUGCUUUCUGCUUCGUUGGAACUUCACUUGUGGGAUUUGAAGAACUUCAUGCCGCUGAACGUCGUGAAGUACUUCGCUCCUGAUGCACGCUGCAUAGCCGUGGAUUGGAGAUCUGGAAGAGCGAUUACCUGCGGAGAGUGCAUGACCCUGUGGGCACUGGACAACACAGUCUCCAAAGUGAAAGAUUUGAAGAUAGGCAUCAAACCCUGCGCUUUGGCAGUGAACUGGCCACGCUGUGUGGUUGCAGGGAAUGGCCUUCAGCUGUGGAGCAUCGAAACUGGAACUUCCUUGCCCUUCCGCGCCCAAAGUGAGGCGCCGGUGCUGUGCGUGGCCGCGGCCUGGGAGGCGGAGCGCCUCGUGAGCGGCGCCGGCGACGGCACGCUGCGGCUCUGGAGCAUCGCCACCAGGCAAGUAAUCUUGGAAUUUCAAGGCCACAGGAGUGAGGUCCUUUCAGUGUCACUGCAUUGGCCUUCGGGCCGAGUGCUCAGUGGCGAGGACUCGAGCAGGCUCAAGCUGUGGAGCUUCGUUCGCCACCCGGAGCCAAAGGCCUUUAAAGUCGAAGAACUCACAGCUCCAGGCUACAGGGGCUCAUCCUCUUGCCUGGCCGUGGAUUGGGACAGCGAGGAAUCAAAAAGGAGCGUGGCAGGGCGUGGAACGCGGAAUGACAAGGGAAACGCCCUACCAUCACUUGUUCCUAGUAGCGUCCUUGUUACUACUAGUAAGGCACUUGUUACUAGUAGCGAUGCACUUGUUACUACUAGCUUUCGGUCACUUCGUCGUGUGCUUUCGCUUUGAGGUCCUGGACAAUUACCGAACACUUCACGGCCGUGGCGCCCUUGAGCCUGUGUGCGGCUUGGAGCAUCGCCGUUGGGUCAAGCGACUUUGGCUCUCUGGCACGAACCAGGAAGAGGAACUGCAACAUUGCAAAGCUUCGCAAGAACAACCUCGUGUGUUUUGCCGCCGCAAGGCUUAUUGGAGCGGGAAAAGUAGGUGUCACCCUUGCUCUUCAACCUAAGAGCGAUGGCCUCCAACCUCUACUAGAGCGUGGCAAAUAAGUCGCUGACUUUUUACUGACUUCUGUGCCCAGAAAAAUGGCAACGAC